AUGUUGGGCGUUAUAAGGCGAAGAGUCGUUUCUGGAGCCUCCUCUGCUUCGAUUCUGGGGCAGUCAUUGCACUCAAUCCGACCCAUUGCAAGCUCUGAGAUUCUGCUUCAACCCAGAGGAGGAUUGGGUCGGGUCCGGAACCUUUCUCACCUCAUUUUUGCAGGUUCCUCGCCUUGUAUCAAGAAAACCAGGAAUGUUGGCGUUGUUAUUCAACCAGAGCCCAUCAGGCAAAUGUGGAGCAGGCCCUUUUCUUCAGAGACUGGGGAUUUCAUUGAUGCGGUUGUCCCUCAUAUGGGCGAAUCUAUUACUGAUGGCACUUUGGCGAAAUUUUUGAAGAACCCUGGCGAUCGUGUUGAAGUUGAUGAACCAAUUGCUCAAAUUGAAACAGAUAAGGUGACAAUUGAUGUUGCUAGUCCUCAGUCCGGUGUGAUACAAAAGUUUGUGGCCAAUGAAGGGGAUACUGUCGAACCAGGUACCAAGAUUGCUGUUAUCUCAAAGUCUGUUGAUGGUGUAGACCAUGUUGGUCCAUCUGAGAAGACAUCCGACAUUGCUGCUGCUCAAUCAUCUCCCCCUAUUGAAACUGUUGACAAGAAGAAAGAACCUAAAGUUGAAACUACACCUGUUACUGAGAAGCCUAAACCCCACUCUCCACCACCUUCUAAACCCUCUGCUAGAGAACCCCAGCUUUCCCCCAAGGAAAGGGAAAGAAGAAUUCCUAUGACAAGGCUCCGGAAACGGGUUGCUACGAGAUUGAAAGAUUCACAAAACACAUUUGCAAUGCUGACGACAUUCAAUGAAGUUGAUAUGACAAAUUUGAUGAAGCUUCGUUCUGACUACAAGGAUGCAUUUGUUGAGAAGCAUGGAGUCAAGUUGGGGCUUAUGUCUGGAUUUAUAAAAGCUGCUGUCAGUGGACUCCAAAAUCAGCCUAUUAUUAAUGCAGUCAUUGAUGGGGAUGAUAUCAUAUAUAGAGAUUACAUAGAUAUAAGCAUAGCCGUUGGUACUCCCAAGGGCCUUGUUGUGCCAGUUAUUCGCAAUGCCGAUAAGAUGAAUUUUGCUGAGAUAGAGAAGGAGAUGAACACCCUUGCAAAGAAGGCAAACAAUGGAUCUAUAUCAAUUGAUGAGAUGGCUGGAGGUUCAUUCACUAUAUCCAAUGGUGGAGUUUAUGGAAGCCUAAUAAGUACCCCCAUCAUCAACCCCCCCUCAGGUCUGUCGGCAAUCUUGGGUAUGCACUCAAUAGUUACCCGUCCAAUGGUUGUGGGAGGCGACAUCGUUCCGCGGCCAAUGAUGUACGUUGCUCUUACCUAUGACCAUAGGUUGAUUGAUGGAAGAGAGGCGGUUUUCUUCUUGCGUCGUAUUAAAGAUGUUGUUGAGGAUCCUCGGAGGCUUCUCCUCGACAUAUGA